CAAAACACCAGACGCAGUCUCUGAAGCGCUCUUAUUUACAGAAGCAAAACCUUUUCCGCGAUUCUCUGAUGAAGCGCUCUUAUUUAACACCCCUUUUCCCACUCAUCCAUUCUAGCUCGCUGACACCGCAAGGCGCAAACAUACAAAAAGAGUGGAACGAAAAAGGAGACUUUUUUUGACAUAUAAAAGUUGGUCUUGUUUCUUGAGCCUGCAGAGGAAUGGUGCAGCUGUGAAGGGAGGGGCAGGAGCAGGAGCAGGGGGAGGACAUAGGAGGGGAGAGGAGCCGCAGAAGCCGCAGGCAUGGCUGCGGCGGCCAUUGGGGUCGUGGCGCUGUUCUUGGCUGCAGCUUCAUUUGGGGCUAAUGCCAACACCGACUCGAAUGAUGUGAAUGCCCUCAAUGUCUUCUACACAACCAUGAACUCGCCACCGCAGCUGACGAACUGGGUGUCCCAAAAUGGGGAUCCCUGUGGGCAGUCGUGGCUGGGGGUCACCUGCUCGGGUUCCAGAGUGACAGCAAUAAACUUAUCUGGGAUGCGGCUUAACGGCACCUUGGGCUACAACAUGAACCAGCUGACUGCACUAGUUCAGCUGGAUGCGAGCAACAAUAAUCUUGGAGGCAGUGACAUUCCUUAUAAUCUUCCUCCGAAUCUCCAGAGCUUAAAUCUUGAAGGAAAUAACUUCACUGGGACAGUGCCUUACUCCAUCUCCCAGAUGGUUGCACUUAGGAAUUUAAAUCUUGGUCAUAAUCAGCUCUCAAACAUCAAUGAUAUGUUUAGUCAGCUCACAAAUUUAACAACGCUGGAUCUAUCAUACAACACAUUUUCUGGUAAUAUUCCACAAAGCUUUAACUCCUUGACAAGUUUGAAAACACUUUACCUUCAGAACAACAAAUUUAGUGGCACAAUAGAUGUUCUCACCAAUCUUCCUCUUACUGACUUAAAUGUUGAAAACAACCAAUUCACCGGUUGGGUACCUGAUAAACUAAAGGGAAUCAAUAAUCUCCAGACAAGUGGAAACUCGUUUAACAAUGGCCCUGCUCCACCACCUCCACCAUCAUCACUAUCACCACUAUCACCACCAUCAACAGAUACCCCUCCUCCCUCUCGGCGACCUGCUGUUCCAAGUAGUGCUGGUAAAGAUACCCCAGCCAAAGAUGGUGGCAAACACUCGAAACUUGGUGGUGGUGCAGUAGCAGGAAUCGUAAUAUGUUUGCUUGUUGUUGGCGCAAUAGUUGCAUUCCUUGUGAUCAAAAGGAAAUCUUGGAGGUUAUCACGGGGACAAGACCCUGAACAAAAUGAACCUCUCAGCCCUCUUGCUUCUGGACUUAAACAGAUGAAAUCAAUCAAAUCUAUCAAAAUCAUAUCAACAAUUGGCAAAGAAGAAUUGCAGAAGACUGUUUCGAUGAGUUUGAAGCCUCCAACAAAAAUUGACCUGCACAAGUCCUUUGAUGAAAAUGAUACCACUAACAAGUCCAUCUCAAGGAAAGUAAGUUUGUCUUCCAUCACAAUACCUGCAUACACAGUGGCAGACCUUCAGGUGGCAACAGGCAGCUUCAGUCCUGACAGUCUUAUCGGUGAGGGAUCGUUAGGGCGUGUUUACAAAGCAAAAUUCGGUGAUCAGAAGGUCAUGGCUGUAAAGAAAAUAAACUUUUCUGCAUUUCCAAGCCAUCCUUCAGAUUUGUUCGUUGAGUUGGUUGCAAACAUUUCAAGGCUAAAUCAUCCAAACCUUGCUGAGCUUGCUGGUUACUGCUCAGAGCAUGGACAAUGCUUGCUGGUAUAUGAAUUCUACAGAAACAUUUCUCUCCAUGACUUCCUUCAUCUGAAGGAUGAACGCAGCAAGCCAUUGUCUUGGAACAACCGUGUCAAGAUUGCGCUUGGAUCGGCAAGGGCAUUAGAGUACCUACAUGAGACUUGUUCACCCUCUGUGGUCCACAAGAAUUUCAAGUCAUCCAACAUUUUAUUGGAUGGUGAGCUGAACCCCCACCUCUCUGAUUCUGGGUUUGCAGGCCUUCUUUCAAACCAGGAAUUCCAGGAAUCAGAUGAGAACUCCGGAUACAGGGCACCUGAGGUGAUCUUGUCUGGUCAGUACUCCCUGAAGAGCGACGUGUACAGCUUCGGAGUCGUCAUGCUAGAGCUUCUGACUGGCCGGAAACCGUUUGACAGGUCCCGACCGCGGCCUGAGCAGUCACUGGUGAGAUGGGCUACUCCCCAGCUGCAUGACAUCGACGCACUGGACCAGAUGGUCGACCCUGCGCUGCAAGGGCUGUACCCGUCCAAAUCCCUGUCCCGCUUCGCCGACGCCAUCGCCCUAUGUGUUCAGCCCGAGCCGGAGUUUCGGCCGCCGAUGUCGGAGGUCGUGCAGUCGCUGGUGCGCCUGGUGCAGAGGGCCAACAUGACGAGGAUGCACGAGAGCCAGUCUCGGCGCCACGGCGAAUCCGGCGGGGACUACGAGUUUUAAGCGAGACGAAGCUGUGGCUGUCCUGUAAAUACAUAAGUAUAUUAUGAAACAAAAUGUAUUUAGAGAACUUUAUUUGCCGUGCUCAGCGGACAGCGGCUGUGAAAAUCUGUGUCGUUUCAAGACGCAAUUUGCCACGCUACUGCUUCAUGUUGAUCGCAAUUUUCCUAGACAUUUUUUUUUCUAAAGGUAAAUAGUUAUAAACUCUCCUUGAGAGUUUUCAGAGGAAGUUGGUUUCAAAUGUUCACAUUUAAACUGGGUCUCGCAAAAAAAAGUUUGAAUUAGAUAGGUACUAGUUCAAAAUAGGUACUAGUUUGAAACCAGAUUAUUUGGACGUUGGAAAGCUCUGGGAAAUAUUAUGCAAAAUCGUCAUAUGAAAUUCAGUUCAGUGGACAA